CAAAAGUUUUAAGAAUGUUCGGAGUAGCAACAAUUUUUCAUGUCGAAUGAUUUGGAUUGCAUGCUUAGUAGGGAUGCAAAAUUCAUACAUUCCUGCCUUGAAAAAAUCUACCAAAGUUAUUUACUAAAUCACAUUGUCUAGAAUACGGGAUGCGUUCCAUCAUCACAUUGUUUGUCACACAGGGGUGCGGCAUCAAUCCCUUUGCUUAGCAUGUGAAAAAAAUGGAGGAUAAACAGCACCAGCAUCAAGCAAGAGCGCGAGAGUUAAAAGCGUGAGAAAAAAUAGAAAGAAAGAAAAAAUCGUUAGAAAAACGGAGGAGUUGCAUGGAGAAAAUCAUCCGGUAACUUCCAGUUUCCGCCGAAUAGGCGACUUAACUCAAUCAUAGGAUGGCUUCAAUUGGAAGGACACCAGAAAGUGCUGCUAGCCAGUAUUUAUCCCGUGAAAUAACGUGUCGGAACAUUCGAUAGCCAUGGUUGUGACCAUCCUAUUUAGUUGUGUACUUAAGUGAGCACGCCUAGUGGGGAGGAAUAUAUUCGUUAAGUUUGCAAGAAACUUCCAGGAUAAAGUUAUUCUACUAUUGGUGAUUGACACGGUGAUUUAAGCUCUGUGGUAGUAUAUCUUGCGGUCAACUUAAAGUCAACGUUAAGUCUAUUAAUUUACAUUGCUACGUAUAGUGCAGAAAUAUUUGUAAAUCAACUGAACUGAUGGCAUCCAGCCCACGAGCAGGAGGCGCAGCUCAGCGCCCAAACGGUGCAACACAGAACAAAAUUUGUCAGUUUAAGCUCGUGCUGCUCGGUGAGUCUGCAGUCGGCAAGUCGUCACUAGUGCUACGCUUUGUAAAAGGGCAGUUCCACGAGUACCAGGAGAGUACUAUAGGUGCUGCUUUUCUUACACAAACCCUUUGCAUCGAUGAUACAACAGUAAAGUUCGAAAUUUGGGAUACUGCUGGACAGGAACGAUACCAUAGCCUAGCGCCAAUGUAUUAUCGUGGUGCGCAAGCAGCGAUUGUGGUGUAUGAUAUUCAAAACAGUGAUAGCUUUGCGAGGGCUAAAACGUGGGUAAAGGAACUACAAAGACAGGCAUCACCAAAUAUUGUGAUUGCAUUAGCCGGCAAUAAGGCAGAUUUGGCAAAUAGUCGUGUUGUAGACUAUGAGGAAGCCAAGCAAUACGCCGAUGACAAUGGGCUACUAUUUAUGGAGACGUCGGCUAAGACAGCCGUAAAUGUCAAUGAUAUCUUUCUUGCAAUAGCUAAAAAGUUACCCAAAAAUGAAGGUGCCGGACCACAGCAAAAUAUUAGACCUACGCAAAACGAAACUAACCGGCAGAAUAGUGGCUGCUGCGCUGUAAGCAAGUGAUGUUAUUUAGCAGCUAAUGGACUGUUGCAUAUGCAAUGUGCAAGCUGCUGCUGCUUGAAAAAUUGUAUAAUCGUAAUUAUCGUUACACUGGAACUAGAGAAGAGAUUGAACGGGGAGCGGGGUGGUAUGAUAAAUUUAAUCACGUCAUAAUGUUAGGAACAGAGAUGGGAUCGAUUCCGAAACAUUGUUAUGGCAUACCAGAAACAUAAAAGCAUUAUAAUUAAAGAAAUGAAACAAUUCCCAACAAAAUAAAUGUAAUAACAAAAAAACGAAAGAAGAAACAGAAGAAAAUAGAGAAAAAAGUAACAGUGAAGCAGAAAAUUGUGACAUGAUUCAAAAGAUGCAAUUAGAAGCAAAUUCAUAAGAGCAUCCUACAGGUAGACGAAAUUAAGGGAAUUGGUUGCACUCAUCGUUUUAGUUAAAUUGGAAUAUAUAAUGCAGAUGUUUUUUGUGUUUAUGUUAGAAAUGAUAAAAUAAUAUUACUAUAAAUAUCUUUUCGAUACUACUAGCAGCAAUGGCGAGCCGUUUGUCACCUGUCAUCAUCAGCAUAUUAGCAAAUCGGUACUCAUGCAAACACGCGAUUUCAAAAUGCAAUCCAAUCAAUUAUAGACAUGCAACAUAUGCACUCAUGUAUACGCGUAACAUGCGGGAAGAUUCUUAAUAGCCGUAUAAAAUUAAUUGAAUGCAAAAUAUGUUUUUGUGCCAUGUGUUGUUUGGCAUACGAUAGAUUAAUUUAAAAUCACGUUCAUCUUUUUUUUUUGGUUCGAUUGGAAAAGUUCUAUAACAAAAAAGGAGUCGUUUCAUAAUAUGUAAUUUGUUGAGGAAUUUACUGUUUAUCUGACCUUAUGUGAGUAAUUGAAUGUUUUUUUUUGUUUUCCUGUAUGCGUAUAUGUACGUUUGCUCCAGGUGACCAGACGGUAUGAUAGAAUGUGUACUGUAUUCAUUUAUGUGAGUAGGUUUUUGUUUUAUGUUGUUUGUUCAGCCAAUUACGAUUUUGUUUUAUGGCGCGGCGCGUAUUAUUUCGUCGGAUUGAAAGAUAUAAUGAAUUUCAAUUUGCAACCUUCGUGUUGUCGUCUUCGUGGAGUACAAUACAGUAUAAAUGAGCGAGAUUGUAGCAUCAGAGAUUGGUGAAUCAAAAGCAUUGAAAUAGAACCAAUUUUAUUCCAGAAAGACACCUGGGCAUAGAACCUAUGUCGCGCGUUAUCAGAGUGCACUAUGGUCACGCAUUCAGCGAGUCAUUGCAUACACAAAAUAAAAAUCGAAACUCAAUAUCGUACUACGCUGGUAAGUGUGUCAGGCGAAUAUUAGAUAUAAUUAGUCUAAAAAGAGAAAUUACCAGUCACAGGCACUACAAAAUGAUUGGAAAUACUGUUUACGUGCAAUAGUAUUACCACACACAAUAUAUAAAAACAUAGUUAUGUCGAUACAGAUUGUAAAAUGUAGGACAAAAUAAAUUGAAAUGCAAAAAUUUUGUUUUGUAAUAAGGAGCAUAUUUUUGGCAAAAAAUAUAAAUUGAUACAGACAACACAUUGUGAUUUAUAGCAAAAGAGUGACAAAUCCCAUUGCGUAAAAUUUCGAAAAAGUGGUGGAAAAUACGUGCUAUUAUUGGUUUUUUAAAACUUUGAUUAAAAAUUUUCUCGUCUGAAAAGGAUGUACAUAGGGUACAUUUGAUUGCUUAAAAAUACUGAUAUAAAAAAGGAUUUUUUUGUAUGUAAAGUCACAUCCGAAGGAAAAAAUAGGUUCUACCUAAUGUUUUCAAAUCUUGUUUUAUCUUUUAGCAGUCAAAUCUGUACUGCUUUAACAGGAUCACUAAAAUCAUAUGUUUGAUAUAUUAUGUUUCUGUGUGCAAAUAUAAAAAUGGAGGCAUUUGUAAAAUAUGGAUUAUAGUCAUCAAUAUAUGGGUUCGGCUCUACGGUGCUAGUAGUAUUUAUUAAAAAUAUUCACAUUCUUAUAAACACAAAAAACAUAAUCCCUGCAUCUUCAACAGAUAGCAAUAAGAAAAAAGCGUUUUAUUACCAAUGCCUAAGAAUUUUUAGCGGCACCUCAGUUUCAUUGCAAUAAGAUACAGUACGCAAAAAAUAUUAAUUUUUAUUAAGUCCAGCUCCUUAAAGCAAACAGAU